AUGAUGCUACUCUUCCUUCUUUUUGCACUUGUUGGGCGUGGCGACGCUCUUUGUUCAUCUGGGUGCUAUUGCCCAUCUGACGAGAUAGCCCAUUGUUGUCUUUUUCCACCCGAUUUUCCCUCUCCCGUUCAAUGCAGUAUACCGGGUCGGCGUCAAAUUUCAGCUAAUGCCAAUUUAACUCUUCGAUGGCCUGUUAUGGAUACUUGUUUAGCAAGGUGGACUGAUCUGUCUGUUCAACUGGAACCUGGUUCUUGGCCACCACCCAGGCCUAGGCGACCAUGUACAGCCCUAUUGCGUCGCAUUACCAUCUCUGGUGGUGGUUUGAUUGUCCUCAAAGCCCAACACUUCCAAACACUCUUUGGUAAUCAAGAAAACCAGUUAAAAUCGAUCACAAUAGAGAAUACUAACUUGGAAAACUUGGAACAAGGUCUAUUUGAUCGUCUUUCACUCAAAAGCCUAACGGAAAUCCAUAUUCGGGAAAAUCCUAACCUUGGUUAUAAGGGCUUCGGAGUGUCUGUUUUUUCAAGUCUCCCUCAGCUUGAAACCCUUGAUCUUAAGGGUAAUAGAAUUGAGCAUUUGGACUUCGUGCGAUGGGGUUUCCCAGUUAUUGAUAAAGGCAAACCUCCAAGUCGACUUAUCAACUUAAAUUUGGCUAAUAAUAGCCUGACUUUUAUCAAAUCUGGGACCUUCGUUUUGUUUCCUUUCCUGGAGUCUCUAUCACUGGCAAACAACCGAUUAUCUAGUCUCUCCUCAGAUGUAUUUGAAGGUCUUUUUAGUCUUAAACAACUGGAUCUAUCUGGAAAUUUAUUGAAUCUUAUGGAACUUAAAAACAUGCCAGCUUUCAGUAUUACUCUUGCUAACCUCAACAUCCUUGAUAUCUCGAUGAAUCCGCUUAUGCGGAGCAUUUAUACUGAAAAUGUGAAAUGGUGGUUGUCCUCAGGUUGUCCAGCGUCUCUUACUCAUCUCUUUAUGAAUUUUAUCGAAGUGGAUCAGGGACAGGAUUAUCCCAUUCUUCCACCUAUAGACUGGAGUAAGUGUGCCAAAUUAGCACAAGUCAAUAUCCAACAAAUUCCUCGGUUGCCUUGUCUUCCUUCGUCCUGGCUACGGUCUGACGUUUUUCCCGCAUCUCCUGAGUUUGUCACUUCAGCGUCUAAAGUUUGUCCACCAAUAACCACGCCGUCAAUCAAAACUACCAUUUCCCCCAUAAUUGCCUCCACCUUGCCUUCUCUUGCAAUUAACGCAACUACUAAACCGUUACCCUCCUAUCCAACUGGUGUUCGAGAACUUAUCGUCAGUUCUGUCGUUGGUGGUGUCCUCUUCAUUCUGCUUAUUUUUCUAAUUAUUACGGUUUUUCUUUGUCGUCGGCGACGCUGGAUGUAUGGACCUGUGGGAAAGGAAAAUGGGAAACCCGGCCGUAUUAGUAUCGGCUCACUUAAUAGUGGUCUAUGCCAGAGACCUCUGAUUGCUUCAACUUACAUCCCUGCUUCUCCAGACUGUCCAUUACCCAUUUCAGACGGUGAUUGUGAUGACGGAGAUCUAUCUGCGAGUUCAAUGCGACCAUCAGAGUCUCGCAUCCUUUAUGAUGAAAGUGGAAUUCCUGUUUGUAGUAUGGUGGUGCCUGAGCCUGGUUCUCCAACCGUUGUCAUGCUACCAGAUGGAACAUUGGCACUCACACCACAGUUUAUUCCCUUUUCAGGGAGGGCAACUCCUUCCAGUCAUACAGGGCUUCUAGAUAACUCCAAUUAUCGCAAUUCUCGACUGUUUCUUAAACAUCCCUUUAUGGUCCCACUCAUGACAAGUCAUAACUCUCUCGCAAAUUCGCAGAUUGAUUUUCUCCAAAAACAGUCUCACUCGCAGCACUUGGGAAAGACUAGAAGUCGUCUUCAUCAGCAAAAUGGAGGUGCAGGUACUGUUCGGAAUCAGCCUCCGAAUUCAUCGCUCUCAUGCAAGUCUACUUCCUUUUCCUCCCUCGGAGGUUCAGUCCACUCGGAAAUUCAUCCUCUAAGUAGUAGUGUAUUCAGAGCCAGUCCACCGCCUCUCGACCAACUUCCACAAACCAAAUCCCCCUCCUCCCCAUCGAAUGCCUCAAUUGAAGAUGAGGAACCCUCUUUAAUGGUCGAGACUACUGCUGUAACAACAAUGGCAUCUACGAGUAUGUCUGCCGCAAACCCCCUUAACAGUCAGUCCGAUGAAACUGCUUCUUAG